ACCAGGAGGCUCGUUUCACCCUCGCUUUUCGGGGGGCGGGGAGAUUCUCUGUGAAUUGUGAGUUGAGGAGCGGAUCCGAGGGAGAUUAUAAAGCGCAAGUCCUUGCGGCUGUCCGCUUAGGACGCGCGGCCCGCGGGGGAUGUGGCCGUGGGCGGAUCUUUCCCCACCGCUUCAUGGAGCCAGAGAGGAAAAGGACUAGGAGGCAACCCAGGAAGGGCAGGAAGAGGAGGCCGGGCCGGAGCAAGCCGGUCGGGGCGGCUGCGACGAGGAGAGCCGCUUGGGAGCUCGAGGAGAGGCAGCCCGCGGCCAAGGAAUUGUUCCGUGUUCAGGGCUAUUCCAGUGCCCCAAACACACAGUCCCCUGCCCUCGUGCAGUUGACAUCGCAGUCGGGGAAUCACACAGCCGGACAUCAUUCUGACCGCUCAAUCAAGAUAUGUACAUUUAUGAAGUUUGAUGCCAUAUGUAAGAAACACCAAGCAAUGAGGAAAGCGUCAUAUACAUUCUGUACAUGUUUCGUGAGAAGCAGCAAUAGCCUCCACAGUUCAGCAAGAUGGCUAUAUCUUGGUCUUCAGUGUCUCACAUCCAAGGGAAGAGAACUAACCUGCAUCUCACUGGUUGCUAAAGGAGGCUUCUGUAUUAUGGAUGAACAACUGGUCAAACCUGACCACAAGAUUCUGGACUACCUCACCAGCUUUUCAGGAAUCACAAAGAAGAUUCUUAACCCAAUGAUGACCAAACUUAAAGAUGUACAGAGGCAAUUAAAAGCAUUGCUUACUGCUGAUGCUGUAGGCUUGGAUUUCAGAACAUUAAAAAUGAUACAUCCAUGUGUUAUUGAUACAUCCUUGCUUUAUGUCAGAAAGCAGGGCAGAAGAUUUAAGCUAAAGUUCUUAAUCAAAGCUAUUUUGGGGGAGGAUAUACAGUGUCCAGACAAGCUUGGUCAUGUUGCCACAGAAGAUGCUAGAAUAGCUCAAUUGGCUCAGUAUUUCCUUAAGUGUGGCCCAAAGAAGGUUCUUGAGCAGGCCAAAGUAGAAGUCCCCGAGUUUCCCUUCAGUAUUGUUCAGUUUUCUUUUGAGUCCUUUUCACCCAUCCUCACUAAGGAGAUGAAUGAAAGG